AUGGACAAGCGCAACAGCAGGUAUCCGACGCCGCCGUCUCGUAACGCCAGGCCGAGCUACCUGACCGACAACAGCAACAACUCGUCCGUCGUCUUCGACCCGAACGACAUGGCCACGGGCAUCGACCUCUACUUCAAGUACUGUCAUCGCCAGCCGAUCUGGUGCUUCGAGAGGGACGAGCUGGGCGACUACGACUCCCUUCCGGAGGAGCUCGCCAGCAGCAUCUUGGCGCUCACGUCGCGGUUCUCUGAAAAGCGAGACCACAUACAGCUGUACAGCAGCAAUGCCAAGACCCUGAUCAUGCUCCGCAUCGCCAACGGCACGGUGAACAUGACGACCAUCGAGAGCCUGUGUCUUUUGUCAUACGCGUCGUUCAUAGACGGCAAUGUCCACCUCGGCCAGUUCCAUCUCGGCCUUUCCCUCCAGCUCUGCCGGUCCGCCACGUUGGACAUGGAAUCGUCGUAUGCCGUGAAGGAUCAUACAACUGAUCGCAAAAAGAGGCUGUUCUGGAGCCUGCAGUUGCUGGAGCAGUCCUACGGCCCGCAAGGCGGCCUCUUGAGCUUCCCAAACGACGUGCGCCGGCCCACGCUACCGACCAGCGGGAACCAGACGGAGCUGGACUCAUCUUGGGCGCCGCCGCUGCCGCAAGAUGACCUGGGCACGUCGACCCCGAGCGAGCCGGGCAUCUGGAACACGGGCGUCUGCCUGGGAUGGGUCUGGAGCCAGGUCAGGAAAUACGUCUCGGACUGCGCGCGGAACAUCCUGAAGGAGCCUUGGCGGAACGACUCGACGUACGCCAAGGUGCUCUCGGACUUUCUGGAGACGGAGAACAGGAUCCCCAUGUGCCACCGCUACGACUCGGUCAAGUUCUACGAGCGCAAGAUGGACGAGCUCAAGAUGAACCGCGACUACUGGGCGCCGUGGCUCAAGGAGCAGUUCACCUACCAUGCCAUCCCAACCGUUCUCAACCACCCGUUCCUCUACAUCGUCGGGGCUCAGCACAACCCGAACCUGGGGAUCCCAAACACCUUCUGGAGGCGGUCGUCAGAGCAGGCGCUGCUCCACGCCACCUGGAUCGUCCGCAUGAUCGACAUGGUCGUGGACAAACAGGUGCCGCUGGUAGACCCCUUCUUCGGACACGUCGCCGCCAUCGCGGCCACCGUGCAUCUCUACUACUGCUGCGCCGCCGCGGCGCGGUUGAAGCACAAAUCCAACACGGAUUUUGCCAAGUGCAGGAGGUUCCUGAAGAGCUUCAUACCAUGUUCGGCGGCCUGCGGUGCACUGGAUCGUAACUUGGACAGGAUGACGCGCAUCGCCGCCGGGAGCGAGAACAUGGACGUCGAGGACUGGAUGCCGUCCAAGAUCUACCUCAGCGUGCCCCUGAUGUGGGAGAUUCUUCAGUUCAACUCGACGGCGGACUCGCAGGGGAUCCCCAGCUCCGGCCUCCUCGACGCCUCCCUCACGCCCGCCGUACCGCCCAUGGACACGAGCGACAGCUCGACGCUCGAGAUCAUCGUCGCCACCUCGCCUGAGAUCACCAUCAACAUUGCCGACGGCGGGCAGGAGGCGCCGACGUCGUCGUACAAGAAGGCGCCGCUAUCGUCGUCGGGACUGCCGGCGUCGUCGUCGUCGUCGUCGUCGUCGAGGGCGGCCGUAUUCGAUCCGCCAAGUGUCGAGCAGAUUGACAGUCUGACUUUCAACACGACACCUUGGCUGUAUGCGGACCCGUCACAGCUGGUGGGCAUCGGGGACAUGAGCUUUCCGCCGUCGGAACCGGGCAAUGCAUGGUGGGAGGGCGAGAACUUUAACAGUAUCAUGUUUAAUCAAUUUUAG